AUGUUUGACUUAGCCUCACUAAAUGAGCAUGAUCGUUGUCCGGAGCAGAAAGUUCUCAGGACUGUUCUUAAGUCGAAUCCAAUGAAUGCCUCGCCUUCCUCCGACAUGGAGCAGCCAGAUGAUGAGUCGACAAAGGUUAAUCUGAUAAGUCAAGUUGUAAACAAAAGCUCAGGUCUGAAUGAUACCAAAGAGGCGGUGCUUGUUCCGACUUCUGGACAUAGUCACCCGGUUACCGUUGACGAGGUGGACGUGAGCAAUGGCUCUCAAUCACAAAUUGGUUAUAUGAUGUGUGUGAAUGAGACUGAGCUAAAAUUGGGAGGUUAUAGGGAGACAACGUCAACUCAAUUGACGCCUUGCAGUUCUCCAGCAUCACGUCACCACGAGCCGGACGGCAGGCUGAUGAGUCAAGCACCCCUUCACAUUGUCGCCUCAGCUCUCAACCUCGGAGAGGGACUCGAGCCCACCACAAUUGAGCCAUACUGUUCAGUCAGAAGUCUAGCCUCAUCCUCCAAAGGGCGCACCUUGUCCUGUCUUGAGGCGAUUGGAAAGUUGAGCCGAUCCGUGAUGGUGGAAAAAUGGGAAGAUCAAAAGGUUUCGUCAGGAUUUGCUACCAACUUUCCGCAUUUCACAAAGUCGAACUCGACCAAAUUAGAUCCUACAAUAACCUGGCGUCUUCAGGGCAGCAUUUUGGCGCCAAGCAGUGGUUCCCUGAUGCCUGAUUUCACAAGACAGAUUAGCACAGGUUUAGCGUCAAGACGACCCAGUUUACAGCAGUCUGAGGCUGGAGGUACAGCAAAUUCUGAGUCACUGGUUUACUCGGUUUUGCCACCUUUUCUCUCAUCCGUUCAACUUUCUGGCCCAGAAGAGGUAAUCACAUGCUCGACGGAUAGACCGGGUUUUUCCAGUCUCAGUGUGGAUGCAAUGAAUCUGAUCGCAGCCAAACAAGCGGAACCGCCUACUACCGACCUCGAUCCUGGCGUCACCGUCGGCCUCGAGCUUGGAACCGACGAGAAGUCGACAUCAGGUCGACUGAUGACGGCCUGGCAAUCGAUGCGAGAAUUGUAUGCUGAAGGCGCUGGUGAUCCGACGGAACAGAUACGUCGAAAACGGGACCAGGGAGUGACAGAUUUAUUGAACCUCGACGAUCGACACAUGGCAACGUCAAUUGUCGCCGUUUCGCUGGCUGAAGGUUUACAAGGCCUUCAGGGCGGUUCCGGCGAUCAGACGACAGGACUUUUGGAGACUUCUGACAUGGAAUGGGCUCAUUCCACGGCUGUUUACGCUGGUGAUGAAGGUGGUCGGUGUUGGCCAACCCCUCUUCGACGUCAUCGACUGCGCACAGCCAUCUCGUUGGACAGCAUUUUGUUGGCCCAAGAAGAGAGUCAAACAAGGCGAGGCUUUUUAAAAGGAAAAGAUACCAACAAACUGACAAAUGAUGUAUGCCUGAUUGCUACACAAUCGGAGCAGACAAUUCCCAUUCGACUGUACGCUGAGUCGUUUGGCGCUACACUUGCGUUACAGUUGAAGCAUUCGUUGAAUCGGCAAAAUUCUGAAUCAAUCAAAUCCAAUCUGGCCGUUAGCCUCGAAGGAAAUCGAGGCGCCACAACACUUUGCUCUAUCAUCUACGAAUCACCGUCUGUUCAACAUUCACCAUUUGCUCUCGAGGUCACCGCAUGGCCGGGUCGGUGUGUUCAGGCUGAAUUAACCAAAACUUAUUCCGAUGGCAACAUCACCAAAAUUGUGGACCGAUGUGAGAAUGUUGAAGAUGUGAGUAAAGCUUCGUCUAGGUCUGAUUUAGUCAAUCUCGGUUGUCCGGCCUGUACAGAGGAGCGAAUGAAAGAGACGCUUGGACGACUUCGCGGACAAGCGGACAGUUUAAGCAGCCUCAGUAGUCCACCACAAACCGGUGCCUACGUCUACACUGGUAGUCCAAGUGAUGCCAACUCUGAGUGCUCCUGUUACCAUCAACUGAACGAAGCUGACAUCGAGAAUGGGCCAAAUCGAGUUGUACCGAUGGACGAAGUUCAGCCUAAAGGAGAGACACAGGAAUCAGGCAAAUUGGGACAAAUAGGAAAAAUGGGCAAAUUGGGCAAAUUGAGUAAAUUGAACAAAUCUGGCAUAUUUGGCAAAUUUGCCCAAUCAGUCAGUGAAGCCAAGAAGAUGGAGGUGGGUUUAAAAGUGAUGCACAGUCUGGCUGACACUGAAAACCUGCCGGCCAGAGACAAGUUUGCAACAAACAAGUCGGCCGCCUGCGAAGACUCACCCAUUCUUGGCUUCAGUCAGAGUGUAUUUCCCGAAAAAAGAUGCUCUCCAAAGUCGAGAAAAAGUGUAGAACAGAUAGUCCAACUGUUGGCAGUCCAAGAGACUCGUAGUGUAUUUCAAGAAUGGCUGGUUGAACAGGUCGCCAAGACGAUAUCACGGCAAAAUCGUCAUCAAUCCGGACCUCAAACUAUAUCUAAUGAUGCAGUGGGAGAUUGCGCCACCGAGUCGAGUUGUGCGUCAACCUGUUGCUCUCUGGGCAACCAACCAGCACGUCGACUCGUCAGAGGCCAGAAGCAAUACUUUCCUAAAACCCUGCCAACUUCAUUCGACUCCGGCUCCGACUGCUGCCCCGGGCUUGGCUCCGGUUGCGGCUCCGUCUUGGCCUCCACCUCCGCCUCCGUCUGCUGCUCCGACUGCGACUCUGGCACCGGUUCGGAACCCUCUACCCCAGCCAUAUUCACCGCCAAUUACGCGGGUCAAAAGGCCAAGCUCAACUAUCCGAUCGACGACAUUUCGUAUGAUGAGACGGUUGUAAACAACUGUCCAAGAUGCCUGGCUGAAGGUGAGCAUCAAAAGGUUGGGCCAGGCAUGAAAGUCCACCAUAAACAGACCUUUGCAGAGGAGACCGGUCUCUGGAAGCCUAUAGUUCAAGAGGAGGACGAAUUCUCCGAUGAAACAAUUCUGGUAGCUGAAUCGCUGGCGAGUGAAUCACUAGAAGAGGAAUGCACGUCGUGUGAAAGUGACGAAGAAGCAUUAGGCAACCUACAAGAAACCAUAAAAAAUUCUGGCCAACAGACGCAUGAACCUAAAUGGCCUCAUUUAAAACGAAAAAGUGCUGAGAAAGAGGAUACCACCAAAUGCCGUUCGCUCUAUUUGAAGAAUAGACAGAAAAAAAUUAAGGGACAAACAAAAACUAACGGAAUGUGGACAAGGGAACACGAAAAUCGUAUAAUCAAGGGUUCAAUAAAGGUCAGAACUGCCAUCAAUGGAGUAUCGUCUCUAGACGAGCCUCAUAUGGCAGCAAAUGCACACAAAAAAGAGGCGGCUAUGAAAGAAGUUACCCACAUUUACCCUUCAAGUCAAAUACCGAGGCUACAGAACCUAGGCGAAAAUAAUCGCGAGUCAUUCAAAAAGUCUCAAAUCGACAAAAAAUUGGAGAACCAACGAUUAGUUGCGUCUGGCAAAGCAGAAGUUUGGCGAGAAACUGUGAGUUUUUCCAUAACCUAA